GCUGAGCUGAGCUGGGCUGAAGAGCGAAGAUCGCAUAGGAUAGUUGUAUCACAACCAAAGUCGAUCUCGCAAUGAAACUUGCUGCUUAUACCGGAGAUUCAAUUUAAUUUUUAGACUAGGUCUUGUGACUUUUGCUGUUGAUUGUCCAGAAUGACGACUGGAAAGAUGCAAUGGAAAGAUUUGUAUGUGAAGCAUUCAAACUUUGUUAACCCCCCUGGCGAAAGAAGACAUGAGAUAGAUUCGAAUCCAACUGUUCCCUACUGUCUGCAUUUACAAGCUGUUGAAGGAAUACAUUUGGAAAAAGCCAAGAAGCAGACGCAGUACCAACUCCGUUUCAGUCUCUUUGACAUAACUUUCAAGAGAUUCUUUGGUAGGACCCUAGUUGGGCCAAGGAAGGCUUGCAAACAGAGCGCCAACCAUGCUCCAAGGCUACAGUGCAAUCUGCCUGUUUACUUCCACACAUCGUUGGCAGACCCUAAUAUUGUAUUGAUUGUGGAAAUCAUCGCAGUCAUCUCUGAUGCCAAGACAGGGCCUCGUCAGAUGGCAUGUGGAUGGGGUCUCCUUAGACUGUUCCAACAAGGUGAUAUACCAGACACGUCUCAAGCCACGCCCGCCCCUGUGAGGAGGGUGGAUGUUUACCAUGGUUCCCCUAGAGCUCUACUCUAUCUGCAGGAUGAUGAUAUUGAAGGCAAUCCAAACAUCACAUUUGUAUCUGACUGUCAGCUGUGUUUUACCAUCAAGACCCAUCGCUACCUGGAGAAGAUCUUCCACCUACUCCCAGAGAACAUCCUGGCUCUUGGCAAUGACAUCAUCCCUGGUGUUACCAUAGUGGAUGCUAACUCAGGAGGAGAUAGUUUGAGGAAGCCCAAGCCAGUGAAGAAGGUCUCGUGUACCAUUGAUAAACUUCAAGUCACACUACAUCCUAAUGUCGAGAGGUUUGAGGAGGAGCUUUGUAAACUCAUCAACUCUGACAGGAUUCUAAGGGAGGAAGUGACAUCGGAUAAAGGAGUGGUCCAAGUGGCUGAGAGGAGAUUACAUGUUGGUAUCCACAAUGGAUGGGGGUAUGUCGACUCCCCCCAGAUCAUGAUGCUGGAUGCUGAUAAGCUGAGCAGAGGGGGUAAUAGGGGUAGCAAGAGGAUGGGCAAAAAAGGCAUCUCUGGUUCCAGGGAGAGUCUUCAAGGUACAUCUGUACUUCAUGUGAAGGGCAGUAUCAAGCUAUCAGAAGUGGUCAACGACCCUCUCUUUAGCAUCGUCUUCAUGAUGGAGUACAUCGUCACCAUACCAAACUCCAUGAGUGAUAAGAAGCUGAGUGCAAGCAUGAAUCGCCACCAGACCCGUAACAUCGCUGUCCGCUGGGCUGCCUGGUGCCCGAAGUUCAAGGACUCCUUGUCUGAGGUCACCCUGACGUUUAGUGGAGGACCAGUCCCAAACCCUGAUGGAAUCCUGUUCUAUAAGUGCAGUGAUCCGUCCGCUGAUGAGAUGAACAAGAUGGUGGCUGGAAAGCUUCAGUUUGUCUUCAAGAUUAAGAAGGAUGAAUCACGGCGACCUCUCAGUCCACAGUCUACAUCUGUGCCGUCAGAGGCUACCAGGUUACACAGGCCAUCGCUGGAUACUGAGGACUUGAGACCCAACUCUAGAGGGCAGUAUCCAUCCAUGCAGUCUCUGCCAUCCCAGACGAGCGGAACAGAAGCAUCGAUGAUGAACGAGCUCCCUCCUUCAAUCAUGGGCAAACCUCCCAUACCAAGAUCUCCAAGGUUACCAAUAGGAGCAAGCCACUCCACAUUCAACAAUCUCCAGCCUCACUCCACCGCCCCUGACCGGGGCCCCGCCCAACAGCACUACCACAUGCCUCAGAUGUACGCCACCGGCCCCUCCACCCAGCCCUAUAUGGGUCCCCCUGGUAUGAGGGGACAGUACCCUCCCAUACAACCACAACCCAUGGCGGCUAGGACACCCUAUGAUAUCAUGCAUAUGGAGGCUCCUGUAGGGCACGGUGACCCUCUUGAUGAGAUUCCGUUCACCCCUGUGCACGCCCCCAUCAUCACCACUGGUCCUGUGCAGCAAGGGGGUUCUGGUCUCAGCCGAGCAGCGUACGCCAGACUCUUCCAGGCGGGGUUCCCAGAGAUCACAGACAGGAGAGGGGAAGCCCCAGAGGUUGUUGAUCCUAAUGACCAUGCCCGGCUUAAUCCUCAACGGGAGAUUAAUGAUCCACUACAGAGCAAUGAGAUCGUCGUCCAGUUCCUGGCUAUGUCAAGAAUCCUUUCAUUUGAAGUGAAUCAGAAGCAGAUGCCAAAGACUGUCUUCUUCACAUUCCAAUUCUACAGAUACCCACCAGUGACAACAGAAAGGUUAUUACUUGGUGAAAUUGAAGGAAAGUUGUCGGCUGAUCCACAAAGUCUUCCCUUCAUCUUGAAGAGGCUGAAGAAAGACAGUAAUGAGCCGGGUGAUGGUCCUCCUGGAUGGAUGGUACGCUACAAUGUUGAUCCAUCUUUCCUGAAGCCUGGUGAAGCGAGACUAUUCCUGCACUACCUUGAGAAGCAGACAUUCCACAUAGAUGUCUGGGAUGGUGAUUCUCUGCUCCUCCUUGGAUCUUUGGCUGUUGAUCUUAAGCAUCUUCUUCGAGGAGGUAGAGAGGCAGUUCAAGUGACCAAUGAAGUGGACAUCUUGACCACAGAGCAUAGUGACGAGGAUUACGUACUCACUGGUGAUAUUCAUAGAGGUGGAAGCAUCCGACCCGUAGGAUCAAGGAACGUCACAAGAGGGCGCCUUCACUUACGACUGGCAAACGUAGGUCAAGAGGUCGAUGCUAAGGUCAUCAAGGCAACGACCCUGCCUCUCCAGGAUACCAAGGUCAUAGUUCAGGAGGAUGGUAGCGGGGCGUUCCUAGGGGGCAGUCUUCAUGCAGGCACCAAACAGACAAAUGCGAGCUUGGCCAGCCUGAAGCAGAAGCGUAGCUACCUAGCCUCCCACAUGGCAGAGGCAGACCAGGAGCUAGCUACAGCUCUCUUCUCUCGUCGUGAUAAGACCACCGUGGCUCUCAAGGAAUCGAAUCGGGAAGGAGACCAUGUAAAGCAACGCAAGCUGGCCCGUAUGGAAGCACUACGACAGGCCCAGGGGAGAGAGAAUAAUGGACUAACUAAUAGCUUACUGAUGAAGAAAGAGGAGAAGACACAGAGAAUAAGAGACUUGAAGACGAUAGAGUUAUACAGGGAAAGAUCGAAGAAAGAUGGCAUAAUGAGCAUGCUACAGUCUGUGAUCACGACAGAACACACCAUCAAUCCAGCGUUUGGAAGGGCAGAGUUCUUUGAGUUUGUACUGAAGAACCCCUACAAUGCUUCUCAUACCAUCUCUAUACAAUGGGAGCAUGAUAAUCUCAGCGUGAUCACAAACCCAAGGAAUGGCGACACUUCAAGACGUUCUUUGAGAUGUACAACACACCGGUAGAAGAGGGUCUAUUUGAUGUGAACCAGGGAGGGUCUUCUACCGGUAAGGGGGACGUACCGGGUAUCAAGGUGUUCCUCAGACCCAAGGAAGAGGUCAAUGUACCCUUCAAG